AUGUCAGAGCUCAUGUACGCUCUCAAUGCCAUGUGUGCCUGCGCAGACUAUCUUCCCUUUACUGAUGAGGAUUACAGCAUUGCCGAUCAAAUGCCAGCUUACUGGGUGAAUCUCGCGAAGACUUUGGAUCCUGAUACCGGUGGGUUUUACAUAGGCGCCGGCUUCUUGAGUCGCUGGGAGCCUAACACGGGCUGUGGGAAGUAG